GAGAAAUCUCGAUAGUUUAUCCACCAUUUUCGUCAACAGAGCAGUGCAGAAUGGCAAACAAGAAGGUCCACAGAAUACACGGUCCUCCAGAGUAGAAAUAUCUCUCUUAUUCGUACUAGCUCCAUCAGUCAACAGAGGCGAUGUUUAAGAAAGCCCAUGGAGAUGUCAAGAAGUCAACACAGAAAGUUCUGGACCCGAAGAAAGACAGCGUCACGAGGCUGAAGCACUUGCGCACUGUGUUAGAGAACACAGAGCAGGAUGAGGUGAAGCAGUUCUUUGACCUGUACUACUCCCACAUCUACCAAGUCUUCUAUGACAAUUUUAUACUUGUGGAGACCAGUCUCAAGCAGAAAGCCCACAAAGCCCAGAGGGAGGAAUUGGAUGCUGUCUUAUUUGUGUUUGAGAAAAUACUGACAUUGCUACCAGAUCUGAUACAUCAAAGAUGGCAGUUUCACAGCAUUGGACGUCUGAUGAAGAAACUGCUCCAUCCAGGAAAUUCACUUAAGUUACGGCGGGAGGGUGUGAGACUGUACAUGCUGUGGCUACAGGCUCUGCAGGAGAACGCCAGUGAAGAAUGCCUUCUUAUCUUUGCCUGUCUCAUCCCUGGCUUCCCAAGCCCUUCAUCAGAUUCAGGAAUGUACACACUGGAAGGCCUGGUCACUGGGGCUUUUCAUAAUGGAUCUGCAUCUGAUGCUGUAGUACCAACAGAAAUCAGUGCAGUUCUCACGCCUCAGUCUGGGGAGAGGGUGACGGACGAUCAAACCAAGUUCUUCCUAGAUGCAGUGCUGGAGUUUAUGGUAAUACAGGUGCGUAAACUGGAGUGGAAGGAUGCCCAGUUCCAGCCCAAGGGCUUCAACUUCCUGUUCCAGCACUUCCAGCAGCACUACCUGACACACAUCUUCCCCUCCAUGUCCAGCACCACCAGCCUGUACCAGCCAAACCUAGUUAUUCCCCAACCAAGAAACCAGAGACAGGGUGGGGACAGGAAAGACAGUGCCAGGGGAGGGGACCCGUAUCUGUCUGCACGAGUGUCAGUCAUCAGAUGGGUGGUGGCCUUCACACACGAGCUCAGGAAACCACCUCAGUCUCCUACUGGGACCAGCCAGGGUGCCCCACAUGAGGAGCAACAGAAAAAACAUAUCCUUACCCAGAAGAACCUGGAAGAAUCUUCUGAGAAAGCAGCCUCCUCCCAGGACACGACUGACACGCGAGCGGACACGGGUGAGCAGAGUCACAGCAACACCAGCACCCUGACGGAGAAGGAGCCCAGCACCUCCAGUAUCUCCAGCCUGGAGGAGGGGGUGCACUCCGAACUCAGCGACUCGGAUAUGGUCAAAUCCAUUCUCUUCUCAUCCAGGAGAAAUGUGGACUUUGUACAUGAGAUGCUCAGACAGGGUAUGCUGCUACCUUUCACACAGACUUCUGCUGUUAGGAAAGUCAUCAAGGUGUACCAGGACUGGAUACAGCAAGACCACCCUGUGUUUAUGGAGGAGCCAGAUCAGUUUGUGUGUUCUCCCAUGUUGGGUAUCGCCUCUGAUCCCAGCUCUCAGCCCCAGGAUAGUCCGCUGCAGGAAACAUCGACAGAUGGGCCAUCACAGGCUUCAGGUGAGGCUGAGUCAGCGGGGUACCCCUUACGGAAGAGCCAGUCGAAGAGUCGACUGCGGGCAGCUUCCUACGUUGGUGCAAUCAACACGGCUGUGAGUGAGGAGGAAGGGUUGGAGAACGUCCGGGCAGGGAAGAAUCCAACACUACAGGUGUUUUUCACCAACUCAGCCAACAUCUUCCUCUUAGAACCCUCCUAUCAGGAAGCCAAACUGGUGGAUGACCAGGUUGACAUGUGCAAAAAAGUGCUGAAUAUCUACCGCUGGACGGUGAUGAAUGUACAGAUGGACAAGAAAACAUGGGAACAACUGCUGCUUGUGUUGCUGCGGAUAACAGAGGCCACUCUGAAGGACCAGCCUGUGGGGAGGGGCAAGAACACACUGGGGGGCAGACUGUCGGCUGCUCUCUUCCAGACGUUGAUAGUGACAUGGAUCAAGGCGUGUCUGAACGUGCACAUCUCCAAUGAGCUGUGGGACCAGCUGCUGAGGGUGCUGUCUUCCCUCACACAGUGGGAGGAGCUCAUCACAGAGUGGGCUAAAACUAUAGAGACCCUGACCAGAGUGCUGGCACGUCAAGUCUAUGGGCUGGACCUGAACGACCUCCCACUGGACAAACUGAGUGAGCAGAAGGCCAAGAGGAGGAAGGGCAAGGGCAUCCCUGUGUCCAAGAAAACAAGGACAGCAGAGAGGUCAUUCUCUCGGGGGUGGAGCAGAUACGAGGGGAACAAGGAAAAGGCAGAGCAGAUGAGACACAGAAGUGCCACCACUGUUGGAGCCGGUGCAAGUAGGGAGUCCAACAUCCAGCAGGCUGCUGCCAGGGCCAGGAUUGGUGGGGAGGAGAAUGGCCAGCUACAAGAGCCCCAGCCCACAGACGCACCGCUAUCCUCCUCUUACCCCACUUCGGAAAUGGCAGAAACUCUUGUUGGGAGGCAGCGCCCCAAACUGGAGAGAACCAGGUCUCAGAGUGGGGAACCUGCCAUGAUGCAGGAAGACUCUCAGUACCCGCUAGUGCGCAGCAGCAGUGCUAGUGACAUCAUGGAGGAGUUUGCUCGGGACCGGCUGAGAGUCGACAGCAUUGAGCUGGAGGGGGACGACAUGGGCAGCCAUGACAGCCUGGAUGAGUUCAUCAAGCAGAGGUUACAAGGACAGAGCUUCAGUAGUGAGACCAGUGCAGUGUCCAGUGACACCACCUGCAGUGUGGGAGAUGUGGUCAUAGGGUCCCUUGGCAGUGAGGACAAGGAGGUAGCGAGCUACUGUACUCUGGGAGACACCGCCAGCGAGGACAGUGUCACCCUGGGGCACAGUGGGGACAGCAGCACAGGACACAGGACAACCCCAGAGUCAGCUACUAUGUCCAGAGGCUCAGCAACGCCUUCACCCUCAUCUCCCACCUCACCGUCGUCGAGAACCCCCUCCCCCACCAUCCUCCUGUCUCCCUCCCCCACCCCCUCCCCCACCGCCAUGCUGGAGUCAUCCCCAGAACAGAUCCCCAGUCAGAAGGACUCCCCUGCUGCAGAGAGUAUGAAGCUUGAUGGAGAAGUUCUAGUGGAGCUAGACAGCAGUGAAGUGCAAUCUGAGGACAGUAGUGUAGUGACGGGCGGGUCCCUGCAGGGCUGGUUCCCUGAUGCUGCAGUCAUCGUCUGGAGAAGGAUGCUGGGAAUCCUGGGAGAUGUGAACGAGAUCCAGGAUCCAGAGAUCCACUCACAGGUCUUCGACUACCUGUGUGAGCUCUGGCUGGUUCUCAUUAAGUUAAGAGACAAUUUGGGCAUUACCACCGACAACCUGAUGACACCCCCACCUCCGGAACUGCUGCCUCCACUGAAUGAGUUUGCACCAUGGCUUUUGCAAGCCUGA